UGAAUAUGUUAUUUAAAUUAUAUCGAAUAUUUACCCUGAAAGGAAAAAAAGAAAACAUAUUUAAAAUACUAUUUCUGUGUUUCCUGAAUUUUCCACGUGCGGAAGGACCUUCUUUGUCCCGCGCGUGGCGGAUUGUGACUUGUUAAAAAAAUGAUUGACACGAGAUGAGAGCCAAUCAAUGGAAGCCACAAUUGGAACCAGAAGCUGACGCGGAAAAUUGCAACUGAAAGGUUUUUUUUAGCCAACCGGCAUGUAAAUACUACUUUAUUGCGCUUUGCAUAGAUAACGCUUACUUAGAUUUAAUGGUAAAAACGGUCCGCGUAGAUGUGUCCGAACCGUGCAGCUCUACGAAGUCAGUAGGCAGCGUGUGUCCUGUGUGAAAGUGGGUCUUAAGUGAUUGGGAGAGAUGCUGUCCACCAGUUCAGACCAGCGGCUAAUGCGGCUUUUGUCUUGUAUAACUCUUUUUUUACUUUUUCAAAUCGCCAACGCCAAAGGGGAUUUAAAAGGCGCUUGCAACACCUGCAAGCAAAUUACUGAUAACUUCAUCAAGGGCUUCGAUAGGACAGUAAAGCAGAACUUUGGCGGUGGAAACACAGCCUGGGAGGAGAGGACACUGUCCAAGUAUGAGACAAGUGAGAUUCGUCUGAUGGAGAUCAUAGAGGGGCUGUGUGAGAGCAGCAGCUUUGAGUGCAACCGCAUGGUAGAGGAGCAUGAAGAGCAUUUUGAGACCUGGUGGUUCAAGAGGAAAACAAAACAUCCUGAUCUUCACAAGUGGUUCUGCAUUGAAACUAUCAAAGUAUGCUGCCCAAAGGGAACGUUUGGACCUGACUGUAAUGCCUGUGUAGGGGGCUCUGAGAGACCCUGUCACGGAAACGGAAUGUGUGAUGGCGAAGGGACUCGGGGAGGGGACGGGAAGUGCAGCUGCAACCACGGUUAUAAAGGGGAGUUCUGCCUCGACUGCACUGACGGCUACUUCAAUGAAGUGAGGAAUGACACCCUCUCCCUUUGCACAGAAUGCCACUCUUCUUGCAAGACCUGCUCUGGAGCAACCAACCAGGACUGUGAUGAGUGCAAGGAGGGCUGGGAGGAGGAUGACCAGGAAACUUGUGUCGAUGUGAACGAGUGCUCCACAGACACUUCUCCAUGUCAAGAAGAUCAAUACUGUCUCAACACAGAAGGCUCCUACUCCUGCAAGGCUUGUGACAAAGUUUGCUCUGGCUGCACGGGAGCAGGUGCUGACAAAUGCCAGGCUUGUGCCAGUGGGUACCACGAGGUAGAGGGCGCCUGCACGGAUGUCAACGAGUGUUCCCAGUCAGAGUCUGUGUGCACAAAGGACCACGAGGAGUGUUUCAACACGAAAGGCAGCUACGUGUGCAUCUGUUCAAGUGGCUACGAGGAGAAGGACGGCGAGUGUGUUCUUAUACCACAACCAGAAAAAGCAGAGGAGACGGAAACGGAGGAGACCACCGCAAGUCCUCAUGGGGAGCUUUGACGUCAAAACUGGGACCACUAGAAGCAAAUUACGACAGAGCUGAUCUUUUCUGAAAUCGUCAACUAUGCGCACUUACCUACCAGCUGCACUUACAACUCACUUAAGCUGCCAUGACGGCCGUGGAUCAUGGAUUUGAGGACACACACAAAAAAAGAGACAUUUUAUGCUCGUAGUACGCUGGUUGUUGUUGUUGCUUCUCUCUGUGCAAACCACCACUUGUGUUCUUUAUUUGUUGUCUGGUUUUAAAGUUACAAGGUGUUUCAAUAAAGGUGAAUAAUGUUUUAAGAUAAACCCAUGUCAACAAAAUGUGCAUACGCUUAUUUAUUCCAAGACAGAUGGAUUUAUUUUUGGGUCACCCAAUAAAUGUGCUGAAUAAUUUCCA